AUGGCUUCCACCCCAACAGAAAUAGACUACGAGCUCCUUCCUUUCAUCAGAGUUUACAAAGAUGGCACAGUCGAACGCCUCAUGGGCUCUCCUUAUGUGCCCCCAUCUCCUUGUGACUCCGAAACCGGUGUUUCAUCCAAAGACAUUAUCAUCUUACACAACCCCAAAAUCUCCGCUCGUCUUUUGCUCCCUCAAACCCUAGCUGCAGAGAAAAAUGUCCGAAGCCGAAAGCUUCCGGUUUUGAUCUACUUCCACGGCGGUAGCUUUUGCUUUGAAUCCGCCUUCUCGUCUGAUCACCACCGGUUCCUCAACCGCCUGGUCUCGAAAGCUCAAAUUGUAGUAGUUUCAGUCGAGUACAGACUCGCCCCGGAAGUCUCUAUUCCCAUUUGUUACCAAGACUGCUGGGAUGCUCUUCAAUGGGUUGCCUCGCAUUCCGCAAAUGAAGACGUGGCUGCUGCUUCCAAAGAACCAUGGUUACUCAACUACGGCGAUUUCGGUAGAGUUUAUAUUGGUGGUGACAGUGCUGGUGGUAACAUCGUACAUAACGUUGCAAUGAAGGCAGGGGCUGAGGGCCUGAGUGUGAAACUCGUUGGGGCAUUUAUGUCCCACACUUAUUUUUUGGGUUCCAAGACAUUGGAGUCGGAGCCGAAAGGUGACGAGUUCAAGAACUAUACGCCUUACGUGGUUUUGGGGGUUCUGAACCCGUCGACUCCGGGAGGGAUUGAUAGUUCGAUGGUGAACCCAACGGGUCCGGGGGCUCCAAUUUUGGCUGGGCUUGGGUGCUCUAAGCUGCUUGUGUGUGUGUCUAGCAAGGAUCAGCUGAGGGAUCGAGGUGUUUGGUAUCAUGAUUUGGUGAAGGGAAGUGGGUUUAAAGGAGACGUUGAGUUAUUUGAAGUGGAAGGAGAUAUACACGCUUUUCUUAUAUUGAGUGAGGCCGAGACUCCGAAUGUUAAGAAAAUGAUCAACAAAUAG